AUGGGUGUAUACAAGUCAAGGCUAAAGCUUGUGGUUCCGCAUAAGUAUCAGCAGCAGAUUCAACAAGAGCAACACAGUUCAAACGAACCUGGCGAAGAGAUUUUACGGGACACGUACGAGUUCUUUCCCGAGCUGCUCCUCUGUAUUGAAUAUCGAGAAAGCCUAGGAAAGCAGCACAACAACAAUUUUAUCAGUGUAAACUUGCUGGCUCGGAAGCAGUCUCGGAGACUGCGCUGUUUCCACUCCGUUAUUUCCGUAAAGUGGAAAGUCUGGCGUUUGACUUUGAGAAUGACAGCAAUGAUCUGCUUCAUUGCGUCUGUGACGAGCUUUUUAACAUCUAUCCUCAAGAUUCUUGAGCUUUAUGCUCACCACCUGCAGGCAUUAUGGUCAGUGCGUCUCAUGAAUGAACCUGACCAGCUUCGAUGUAUUCAACUCACGGAGUUCAAUGCGUAUUAUAGUGAUCGAAGCCAAAGGAGCUUGAAUACGACUGCUCGCUCUCAGUCACGAAUACCAGGGGUGUCAGAGAAUCGUGGGGAUGGUCCUAUUUGCGACUCGAGAACUGUUGUUCAACAUGUGGCAACCGAAGCCCUGGAGCAUCGCCUUGCUGAGGAGUAUUGGAAUCGAAAAGUCACCGCACUUUCUAAUCGGAACCCAGGCGAUGACGAGAUGGAAGUGGGUUCCGACUCCAAACUUCAAUUACUGAGUGAUGAAGUCAUUUGCUCGUGGGACCAACAUACUUUGGUAUCAUAUUUACUACGGUGGAGCGACGAGUAUGCUAUUCGCACGGAAGUGAACGCGCUCUCAGUUGUUACAAACCAUAUGAUGAAGCACGAGGUCCAGAAGUUUAGGUUCAUGGGUCGUGACGACACUAACGUGACUAGUGGCAGCUAUGUGAACAGGACGAUGGUUGAUUCAUCGACAAGGCAGCUUCUUGCUGCUGUAGGUCGUGCGCAAAUGCUGAUCCAGGAUGCUGUAAUUGGUUCCGAGAAACUUGCGCUACAUUCUGUAUCAAACCAGCUUCCUAACGAGAAAAAGCAACUGAAGCCGUUAGAUUUCAAAGGCAGAACAGGAAAUAAAACAAGCUCUUCUAGCAGGGAAGCUGCACCAUCUUGCCCGAAUUCGACUUGCAUAAAUGACGCAGGUGCUCACUCGGAUGAUGCUGUUUCGGAGACCGUUUUUCAUGCUGAAGCCAUUGCGUCGAAAGAUGCAGACAGCUACGACGCUAUUGAAGACGUAAACAUUGACAUUGACAUGCAGGAGCUUUGCGGCCACAAAUCGCGGUCAGCUCGCAUGCGUGAGAAAGUUCAGAUGCAAUCACUGCAGCUUGCGCGGCAAACGGUCGAUAUUUUCCGGAAUAUUAGGAACAUGUAUGGUUCCCAGCGGCGAUAA